CUGUCUUUUGGAGUGGUGGUCGUGGUUUGGACCGUGUAUGACUCGAGUAUUGAGAGGGCAUAUCAGGUCUAGGGCUCCACUCAGCAGAGCCCCACGGUCUUUGUAGGGUUUGGCGGAUGUGCAAGGUGGUAUCGGACACGUUAGGGCAGGUGGCAUGUUGUUCUUUGAAUGGAGGCGUGGUGAAAGUUUUGGUGGAAGCUUUGUCGAGCGGCAUGCAUGAAUAAGCGCUAAUCAUCAUCUAGCACGCAUGUUCAUGCUUGCUUCGAGCACUCCAUUGCAUCCGGACAUCACAUUGCCAUGCUGGGGCAAUUUCGACCUAGAUUACUGUGAUGAAUGUUGACACUGGACAUCGGACGGGGACCUAAGCCCACAGACCUGUAUGGGAAGUUCACUUGGAAAAUAGAGAAUUUUUCGGAGAUCAGCAAGCGAGAACUGCGCAGCAAUGUCUUCGAAGUUGGUGGCUACAAGUGGUACAUUCUGGUGUAUCCACAAGGAUGCGAUGUUUGCAAUCAUUUAUCCCUCUUUCUGUGUGUUGCAGACUACGACAAGCUUUUGCCUGGCUGGAGUCACUUUGCGCAGUUUACUAUUGCUGUUGUUAACAAGGACCCCAAAAAAUCUAAAUAUUCCGACACCCUACACCGAUUCUGUAAAAAAGAACACGACUGGGGGUGGAAAGAAUUCAUGGAGCCUAAGUUUAUGAUCGAAAUUGAAACCUGA